UGCCAUGGUUACAGCAACUGAAAACGGGUCUAGGCGAAGCUUCUGUUCCGUUUUAUUAUUUUCUUCUUCUUCUUCUUCUUCUGUUUCUUUUCUAUUUUGUUUUUCCCCAUUAUGAAACCAACCCCUCCUGGCAGAGUUGUUUUUGGCAGCUCCCAGAAGAGAAGAAUAUUUCCAGUCCAGAAUGCUCCAGACCGGAUGGGGAACCAGCUCUCUCGGCCGGACGCUCCUCAUCUGGGUCCGGGCUGCUACAACAACCAUGAGUUUGGAACCAUCAUUCAAGCCCUCCAGAACAAACCUGGCAGUCAGAGGGGGUAUGGCUCCUGUGCCAACACUGCGGCCCGCUUCAUACCUACAAAGCAGGCGGUGACCCCUUCGCCACAGCAGUACCAGCCGGACCAGAACCGGUCCACAGUUCCUCCUCCUGGAAAAACACCUUUCGGAUCAACUGCACGGAGAUUCAUACGUGUUCCACGAACAGCUGAGGAGACUCCAGGCCCAGCGGUCUUCUAUGUCCAUGAAGUGACCCACAAGAAAGUGAGCUGGCCCAUGUGCUUUGGUAGGCCGGACUGGUCUAAGCUGCCUCCCUUAGAGAAGAAGUCCCUGAGGGGGAAGCUGACCAGUGAGAGGGACUUCCUGAAACAGAGAAGCUGACUGGCCUACCUGAGUUUAUACUAUCACUGACCACAGCGACACCAAGCCCUGUUUUUAUCUUAUUUUACUGCUCAAUAAAACAGAAACAAACUCAA